AUGGAGCCUCGGUGCUUAUCAGACACUGGAUCCAUAGUCAAGCUCAGCAGCUUUGCCAUUUUGCUUGUCUUUUUGCUUUCAUGCUUCAGUUUUACUUCUACAGAAGCCUAUGAUGCCCUUGAUCCAACCGGGAAUAUCACAAUUAAAUGGGAUGUCAUUAGUUGGACUCCAGAUGGCUAUGUUGCUGUUGUUACAAUGUUUAACUUCCAGCAGUAUCGACAUAUACAAACACCAGGCUGGACAUUAGGAUGGACAUGGGCAAAAAAGGAAGUAAUUUGGAGCAUGGUGGGAGCACAAACCACCGAGCAAGGGGAUUGUUCAAGAUACAAAGGGAAUGUCCCACAUUGCUGUAAGAAGGAUCCAACAGUUGUGGAUUUGUUGCCAGGAACUCCUUACAACCAGCAGAUUGCAAAUUGCUGCAAAGGGGGAGUAAUGAACUCAUGGAUCCAGGACCCAGCCAAUGCUAUAAGUUCGUUCCAGAUCAGUGUGGGUGCUGCAGGAACAACGAACAAAACUGUCAGACUGCCAAAAAACUUCACCUUGAAAGCACCUGGGCCUGGAUAUUCUUGUGGGAUAGCAAAGAUUGUAAAACCAACCAGAUUUCUAACAGCGGAUAAAAGGAGAUGGACCCAAGCAAUGAUGACCUGGAACGUUACUUGCACAUACUCGCAAUUCCUGGCUCAAAAGACACCCACUUGUUGUGUUUCUCUCUCCUCCUUCUAUAAUGAGACCAUAGUAAGCUGCCCCACUUGUGCCUGUGGCUGCCAGAACAACGCUACAGACCCUGGGAGCUGUGUAGAGCCGAACAAUCCAUAUUUAGCUUCAGCUGUAUCAGGUCCUGGAAAAUCUACUAAUGCUCCUCUGGUCCAGUGUACUAGCCAUAUGUGUCCAGUCCGAGUCCAUUGGCAUGUGAAGCUCAAUUACAAGGAGUACUGGAGAGUGAAAGUCACAAUUACAAAUUUCAAUUACAGAAUGAACUACACGCUGUGGAAUCUUGUUGUGCAACAUCCCAACUUUGAUAAUUUGACCAAGAUUUUCAGCUUCAAUUACAAAUCCCUAACUCCUUAUGCUGGCUUAAAUGACACUGCCAUGUUGUGGGGAGUAAAGUUUUAUAACGAUUUGCUCACACAAGCUGGCCCUCUUGGAAAUGUGCAGUCAGAGCUCCUAUUUCGAAAGGAUGCAUCGACUUUCACUUUUGAAAAGGGAUGGGCUUUUCCUCGAAGGAUUUAUUUUAAUGGUGACAAUUGUGUCAUGCCACCUCCAGAUGCCUAUCCAUGGUUGCCAAAUUCCAGUCCCAAACAAGUCAUUUCCAUACUUCAUCCCGCCAUCGCCAUCUUCGUAUCUCUGCUAUUCUUAUUGGCUUAUGCAUAG